AUGCAGCCGCAGAAAAACCCUAGAAAAGCACUGAAAACUGCAGAACCAAUCAAGGUAAGCCAUGUGGAUUGGGUAUUAAAUGGACGUGACAUAUGUCGCAUCGAUUCUGAAAAAGGUAUUAUGAUACUCGAGAAACGGCGGCAAAGAAUUCCCGCCAUAAAUACUUACCACUUGCCGAAUAUUCAGUUGAGAAUAUUCAGAAAACGAGUUAAAGAAUUCAAGAAAGCGCGGGAGAAACACCCUCGGGAUUUCUCUGGGAAAGGAACCAGCUCUGACAACGGGGAAAUAGGAGCUGAAUGUUUAAAGACCAUCAAAGAAGGAAGGUUAAACAUAGGUGUAAAUACGAUGAUUCCACUAUACAAAAACAAGGGCGAUAUUCAGAAUUGCAACAACUAUAGGGGCACCAAGUUGCUAAGCCAUACUAUGAAAGUUUUGGAGAGGGUGGUGAAAGCGAGGGUAAGGAGGAGUGUAUCUAUUUCCGAAAACCAGUUCAGAUUCAUGCCGGGGCAUUCAACUACGAAAACCAUUCAUCUUGUGAGGAGACUGGUGGAGUUGUAUUGGGAUAGGAAGAGAGACCUACAUAUGGUGUUUAUUGAUUUAGUGAAGGCAUACGACAAAGUCCCUAAGGAAGUUCUAUGGAGAUGUUUGGAGGCUAGGGGUGUUCAUGUUGCUUACACUAGGGUGAUUAAAGACAUGUAUGAUGGAGCCCAGACCCGGGUGAGGAUAGUGGGGGAGACUCGGACCACUUCCCAGUUGUCAUGGGGUUGCCCCAGGGUCAGCUCUCAACCCAUUUUUAUUUGCCAUGGCAAUAGAUACACUGACGCGCCAUGGUGUAUGUUAUUCGCAGAUGAUAUUGUACUGAUUGAUGAGACACAAGCAGGUGUAAAAGAGAGACUGGAGGUUUGGAGACAGACCCUGGAAUCUAAAGGGUUCAAGUUCAGUAGGACCAACAUAGAAUACUUGGAGUGCAAGUUCAGUGACGAGACUAGUGAAGCGGACGGAGAUAUGAGGCUUGAUACACAAGUUAUCCCUAGAGAGAUAGUUUCAAGUACCUUGGGUCUAUUAUCCAAGGAUAUGCCUCCUAAACUUAAAGGCAAAUUUUACAGAGUGGUGGUUAGACCGACUAUGUUGUAUGGGGCUGAGUGUUGGCUAGUCAAGAACUCGCAUUCCCAGAAGAUGAGAGUAGCAGAGAUAAGGAUGUUACGAUGUAUUUGUGGAUUUACCAGGUUGGAUAAGAUUAGGAAUGGAGAUAUCCGAGUCAGAGUGGGAGUGUCUCCGGUGGGGGACAAGAUGCGAGAAGUUCGGCUUAGAUAA